AUGAUGCAGCACAUGCAGCCUGCAGGUCCUCCCCAUGUCAUUCACUUCACCAUCGCCAAGUUCUCCCAGACCACCACUUCAGUUGAUCAUGUCGGUCCGCUGAACUGGAAUCAUGUCAAUGGAAGAGGUGACCUGCAUUGUAUCUUCGAGAAGGUCGCAGAUGUCGGUUCUGCGCCAUCGCGGCUCAUCCAGAAAGUCCUUCGAGGCGAUAUCCUUCUGGAGCAACUUGAUAUAGUACAACUGGUCCGGCAUAUGGCAGUCCCGGCCCCAUUGAGGCCUCCGCCCAAAUCACACUUUGCUGUCGUCGUGAAGCUGCCAUGCAUUGCAGUGAAGUAUCUCUACCAUGACACACAGGUUCGCCGAUUCCAAAUCAAAUUUGCUACGGAGCAAGACUAUUUCAUGGUCUUGGCCCUCCUGGGUGAGAUCAAUUGCCCAAUGACCGAAAGCAAUGCAUCUAUCCCAGCAAGCCGACAACCUCCAUCGAUUUCAUCAUGGACAUCAGGUGAUAUAUCCACAUGUGCACCAGGAGCUUCGAACGCAACUUCAAAUGCUCAUGGCAUGAACGGGUUUCACUUCGGCGCGGGAGCGAUCGCAUCCGGGGUAACAACCCCGAUGCGAGCAUCCUCUCCGGCAAGCACCGUAUCUUAUGCCCUCCCAAGAUCUAUUCCCCCAUUGCCAGCGGCCUUUCGACCCAAGCCGAACAUGGGACCAACAGUCGCAGCUAAGCCAUUGUAUGACCCUUUCGCAAUGCAAGAUAUGCCGCAUAGCAGUCAAGAUCCUCCAAACUCCCAACUCUCCACGGCCUCGGCGAUACACGAUGUCGAUCAGUUGAAUCAGAUGCUUCCUCCCAAGAGGGACCUACCCUUCUCAAAGCCAACGGCCAAAAGGACCAUGCCUGCUGAUCUGAGUCUUGGGAAGCAGCCCCAUCCAAAGGAGGCCCUUCCAGCUACCUCACGUCUACCAGGACCAACUAAUGAGCUUACGUCUGGUCUUGGUGUUCUCGGGUCACAAUCUCAAGAUCUAUCUCAGCAAGACUUUUCUCAAAUGGCAAUGUUCCAUGAAGAGCCCCCUGCCUCAUCUCAAGUUCCGCUAGCCAACCAACCAUCCGAACCUAUGGCCCAAUUACCCAGUGCUCAGUCAGCUCCACUUCCGCAUCAACUGCCUGAUGUUCCUAAUGCAGCCAUUCAGCCAAAUGAAGAGCAAAAGAAUGAACCAAAGCCAUGUGCAGUUCAACAUGUGACAGAUGACAAGCUGGCAGAGUAUUUGACAUACCCAACAACGGAAAGAAUUGCAUUUCUCGAGAACUGGAUGUGCGAGUUGAUUGAAGACGACAGUUUUAUGACUCUGUGUCACGAUGUGGAAGGAACGUGGAGGCGGUUUGCUCUCGGACAGAAAAGAUAG